AUGGGUUUCAUUGAGAAUAUACUGUCACUGGUGACGGUCACCAAUAUCUUCCUUUCACUCAUUGCCUAUGUUGUUUUGAAAUUUGUUUUUCAGAUCGUGCACUACCGGUUUUUCCAUCCCCUCGCGAAGUUCCCCGGUCCCUUCUGGGCGUCUGUGACGCGACUUUGGAUCGCAAAACAGAACCUACAGGAAACAGAGUACCUGACUGUUUACAAUCUUGCUAAAGAAUAUGGACCCGUCGUUCGCAUAACCCCAACCUUGCUGCUGGUCAGCGAUCAUACCAAGCUUCCCGAAAUCUACCAUCGCAAUGCAGACAAGACUGGUCACUACAUUACGGGUAGCUUCGGUGAAACAGAGAGCUUGUUCAAUAUGAGGGCGCACAAGACGCAUGCGGUUUUCAGAAAACACAUUGCGGGGUCAUAUAGCUUCACCAAUAUCAAGAAGAUGGAGCAGUUGGUCGAUAUGCGUAUCGAGGAGUGGAACACGAAGCUCGAUGAGACAUUUGCCAAGACAGGCAAACCGUUUGAUUUUGCCUGGUGGGCAGUGUACAUGGCAUACGAUAUUAUCAGUGAAAUCGGAUUUGGUGCUCCUUUUGGCUUCAUUGAGAAGGGAGAGGAUAUUGGUGGCCUCAUUCAAGGGUUCCACGAUGGUCUUCCUGCUUUCGGUAUGCUUGCGCGUUUGCACCCAUUUACUUCAUGGAUGAAGACGACCUUCAUGAAGAAGUACCUCGUUGCAACACCUCAGGACGACUCGGGUAUCGGUGUUUUGAUGCGCUUCCGCGAUCGCCUAAUCGACGAAAGAGUAGAUACUAUCAAGAACGGCAAGAAGAUUGACCGGAUCGACCUGCUACAAACCUUUAUUGAAGCCCGCACGGAGGAAGGCAAGCCGCUGGAUCUGGAGUACAUCCGCGCAGAGGUCCUGCUCGUUCUGCUUGCGGGCGCUGAUACCACCGGGACUGCUUUCCAGGCAAUGAUUCAGUUUCUGCUUUCGCACCCGGAGGCGUAUGAUCGCAUGAUGGAGGAGAUUGACAAUGCUUCUCGUAACGGGCUGCUCUCUGAUAUGCCUCAAUAUGACGAAGUGCUCGAGCACCUGCCAUUUUAUGUCGGCUGUGUGAAGGAGACAAUGCGCCUGUGCCCAUCUGCACCGAACAUCUUCCCCCGCUAUGUUUCCGAGCCUGGUCUCGAUUUGUACGGGAAGUUCGCUCCCCCGGGCACCGAGAUCUCUUGUAACCCUUACCUGGUGCAUCGUGAUCCGGCACUUUACGGUGAGGAUGCUGAAGAGUUCAAGCCUGAGCGUUGGUUAGAUGCCGAGAAAGCGAAGCUAUACAAUAAAUACAACUUUGCGUUCGGCUACGGCUCUCGUGUGUGCCUUGGUCGGGAUAUUGCAAUGAUGGAGUUAUUCAAGGGUCCAUUGCAGUUCUUCCGCUCAUACAAGCCCGAGGCUGUCAAGGAUAAGCCAGAAGCUAAGUUCAUGGUCAAGGGAGGUGUUGGAUACUGGCGUGAUGUGUGGUUGACUAUCUCCAAACGGCCUCAAGUUAAGCCACAGUAA